AUGGGAAUCGCUGGGGUCGUGGAGGACAAUGCGACUGCGGCCGAGCUAUACAGCAAGGUGCGGAUCCUGUGCUGGGUCAUGACGGGCCCCAGCAACCUGGAGACCAAGGCCCGGCACGUCCAGGCCACGUGGGCGCGGCACUGCAAUGUGGUGCUGUUCAUGAGCUCGGUGCAGGACGACGGCUUCCCCACCGUGGGGCUGGAUGUCAAAGAAGGCCGGGACCAGCUGUACUGGAAAACCAUCCGGGCCUUCCAGUACGUCCACCAGCACUACCUGGAGCAGGCCGACUGGUUCCUCAAGGCGGACGACGACACCUUCGUGGUGCUGGACAACCUGCGCUGGCUGCUGGCCAACCACACGCCUGAGGAGCCCGUCUACUUCGGGAAGCGCUUCAAGCCCUUCGUCAAGCAGAGCUACAUGAGCGGCGGGGCCGGCUACGUCCUAAGCAAGGAGGCCCUGAGGCGCUUCGUGGAGGGCUUCAGGACCCAGGUGUGCACCCACACCAGCCCGGUGGAGGACCUGGAGCUGGGCAAGUGCAUGGAGAAGAUGGGGGUGCAGGCAGGGGACUCCCGGGACACCCAGGGGCAGGAGACCUUCCACCCCUUCCCCCCAGAGAGGCACUUGACGGAGAAUCUCCAGCUUGAUUACUAUUAUCCCACCUACUCCUUCUACCCCAUCCUGCUGGGUGCUCAGAGCUGCUCGGAUUUAUCCAUCUCCUUCCACUACGUCAGCCCGGAGGAGAUGUACCUGUUGGAAUACUUGAGCCGACACCUGCGCCCCUACGGAUACCAGCCCCGCUACCAGCCGGCUCUAACGGCCUGGAACCGCACGGCGCCCAGGGAGGGGUGA